AUGGUUAUGCAUUCACUGUGUCCGUGCGCACUGAUGUUCUUGUUUGGUAUGUUGACACUGAAGAACGUUCGUCGACAUCGGCUUGUAAUGCCAGUGAUAACCGAAGCGAAUCGCGCAGCUCAGCGAACAGAUGCGCAAAUUCUGUGUAUGUUAACUGCACAAGUGUUCGUGACAAUUCUAUUUACGUUACUAACGGUGCACAAUGAUUUAUACGCAUCUUUCACGAGGAACUGGGUAAGGAAUACAUAUGAAGUGGCUCAAUUAAAUUUAUUAGGCCGAGUUACAGGUACUAUACCGUAUUUUGCACAUUCAAGUACGUUUUAUUUGUAUACGCUGACGGAUACAAUUUUUCGUCGGGAAUUAGUCAAGAUUUUUCGACGAUGGCUUCAUCAGAGUCAAAAUAUCUUUAUUACAACUCAAAACACAGAAGCCCAUUAG